AUGAACGGCUUUAAAGAUGACAAACAGCAUCCUGAAUUGUACCUGGAAGCAAAUUGGCAACCAAUGCAAUUCCCACAGGGAAGGUCUCCAUAUGCCAUCCAUGAUUUUUCUCUUUCCUGUUUCAUAUGGAAAGUGGUGCCCAGCCUCGUGUGCAUUUUCAGUCCUAAUAUGCUCAACAUUUCUGCCUUCCGAAUCCAUCGUGUGGAAAGUGCAGAUAACUGCCAAGAUCACACCAUAUACUCCUGGCCUACGUUUGUCCUGGAAGGAGAACCCACAGUCCUAAAAUGUCUACAAUACAAAAAUACAAAGCCUUUUGAUCUACCCCUUAACCUGACUUGGAAUAAAAAAGAUUCAUCAACUGUUAUCCCUGCAGGAUUCAAGGGGGCAAGAAUAAUGUCACAAGGUGAUUCUGUCUGGCUUUUACCAACCAUUCUUCAAGAUAGUGGGGAAUACAUUUGCACUCGAAGAAGUUCCUCUUACUGCUCUAAAGUGUCAUUGCAUUUAAAAGUUGUCAAGAGAAGUGAAGCCAAUAAUAUUUCCUAUCCUCAGAAGGCAUUCCUGUUUAGUUCUGAAAAGAUAGUUUGUCCUAAUCUAGAAAAUUUUAUACAAAACAAUACCAAUUAUGAACUCAAGUGGUACAAGGACUCUACACGUCUGAACAUGGAUACUAAGAAGUUUGCAACUCUGAAUGGCACUAAUUAUCUCUUGAUCAAUCCUAUUUCUAUGAAUGAUUCAGGCUAUUAUACUUGUGAAAUGACCUUUGAGUUUGAAAAGGAACAAUAUAAUAUUACCAGAACUAUUCAGCUACAGAUACUUGGUAAAAGAAACACAAAAACAACCAAAACUAUUUGAGUGAAUGGAAUAUUUAUAACUAUUAAAUAUGACACUAAUAGUUGUAUUUUAAGUUAAUUUGAUUUGUAUAUAAUGAGUUUCCAUCAGGAUAAAUUUUAUAACUUGGGUUAGGGUUUCAAAGUAUAGAAGAUGGGGCUGUAGC